AUGAUGCCCAAGGUAGACAGCGGUGCCUUCCUGCUGCUUUUCCUGCUAGUGCUCACCGUCACCGAGCCUCUGCGGCCAGAGCUGCGGUGCAACCCCGGGCAGUUUGCCUGUCGCAGUGGGGCCAUCCAGUGCAUCCCCCUCCCCUGGCAGUGUGACGGCUGGGCGACAUGUGAGGAUGAGAGUGACGAAGCCGACUGUCCAGAAAUGACCGGGGAAGCACGUCCAUACCAUGGGAAGGAGGCCAUGGAUCCAAGGCUGGGCCGGGCCAGAGGAGGCGACCCCACACACUACCAUGCCGUGAACGUCGCACAGCCAGUGCGCUUCAGCAGGAAGUGUCCAACAGGCUGGCAUCACUACGAGGGCACGGCCAGCUGCUACAGGGUCUACCUGAGCGGGGAAAACUACUGGGAUGCAGCACAGACCUGCCAGCGCGUCAAUGGUUCCCUCGCCACCUUCUCUACGGACCAGGAGCUGCGCUUUGUCCUGGCCCAGGAAUGGGACCAGCCCGAGCGGAGCUUUGGGUGGAAAGACCAGCGCAAGUUGUGGGUUGGCUAUCAGUAUGUCAUCACGAGCCAGAACUACAAUCACUCCUUGGAGGGCCGCUGGGAGGUAGCAUUCAAAGGUUCCUCGGAAGUGUUUCUGCCUCCGAACCCCAUCUUUAACUCUGCCAUGUCUGAGAAUGAAAACGUGUUCUGCGCUCAGCUCCAGUGCUUCCACUUCCCCACUCUCCGACAUCAUGAUUUGCACAGCUGGCAUGCUGAGAACUGCUACGAAAAGUCCUCGUUUCUCUGUAAAAGAAGUCAGACGUGUGUUGACAUUAAGGACAACGUGGUGGACGAAGGCUUUUCCUUCACCCCCAAGGGGGACGACCUGUGCCUGAGCUGCACCUGUCACGGCGGUGAGCCUGAGAUGUGUGUGGCUGCCCUCUGUGAGCGGCCCCAGGGCUGCCAGCAGUACCUCAAAGACCCCAAGGAAUGCUGCAAGUUCAUGUGUUUGGACCCAGACGGCAGCAGUUUGUUUGACUCCAUGGCCAGCGGUAUGCGCCUCAUCGUCAGCUGCAUCUCCUCCUUCCUCAUCCUGUCCCUGCUGCUCUUCAUGGUCCACCGGCUCCGCCAGCGGCGCCGGGAGCGCAUCGAGUCCCUCAUUGGAGCAAACUUGCACCACUUCAACCUUGGCCGGAGGAUCCCCGGCUUCGACUAUGGCCCAGAUGGGUUUGGCACAGGACUCACCCCACUCCAUCUUUCUGAUGACGGAGAAGGUGGGACUUUCCACUUCCAUGACCCCCCACCACCCUACACGGCUUACAAGUAUCCCGAUCUUGACCAGCCUGAUGACCCACCGCCACCCUACGAAGCAUCCAUCAACCCAGACAGUGUCUUCUAUGAACCCACAGAGGAUGAUGCCUUUGAGCCAGUGGAAGCCAGCCCAUCAGCUCCAGAGGACAGCAGUGACGGGGCCGUGCCUCAGCACCCGGAGCAGCCGCUGCCAUCUUCAGGGACCCCUUUGGCAGAUCUGGAAGAUUCC